GAUGGAUUUGACUCGCAAUCCCGCAAUGGGACUCCUUGCAUUCAAUUGCCUUCAGCCAUGCUUGCAUAGCCCAUCUCGACUGAACAAUGACACAAAGGCAGGCGUCCAUCACCAGGCGGCCAAGCAAUCUAGAUCAGAUAGCCAACUUUGAGCGAGGAGUCAGUGGAACCUUUGAGCGCGGGGUCAGUGCAGGCUUCAACAGAGCACAUAGCGAUGAAGCAGAGGAGGACAACGUUGGCGAAGCUUACGCGCUUGUAGGCCAUGAUGAUGGCCGAAUCCAGCUGAUUGACUUAGCGACUGGGAAUGAGAUGAAGCUCUUUGAUGGACACAAGGACUACAUUACUUGCCUAGAUUUGCACUGGCCCAAAGAAGCAGUGAGUGCCGCAGCAGAUGGCACGAUUUUUCACUGGAAUCUGGAGGAUGGAAGCGGUGUGGAGUUAACUCCUCCAGAGGAGCUUUUAAUAACCUGCGUUCGAAGCCUGACAGCGGAUUGGAAUGAAAAGAGGUUGGCAGUCUCUGGGAACGACGAUGGCUAUUUUGUAAUCUGGGACUUGGCGACGCACCAGUCUCAGAAGGUUCUAUCCUGUAAGGUGGGCAUGAUUUUUUCAAUUUGUGCAGACUGGACCAAGAUGAGAAUGCUUGUUGGCCAUGGAGACAACGAUCUGGACCUGUUGAGCUUGAAGGAUGGAAGCAGGUUGAAAGCCUACCCUGUCAAGCACUAUUUGGUGACAGUGAUCGACGUUUGUUGGCCCAAGGCUCGUGCCCUUAUUGGCUUUGACAAUGGAGUUUUACAGAUUUGGGGCCUCCCCAUGGCAGCCUCUCAAUCCUCGUUGAAGGGCCACAAGGGCACCAUCACUGCCCUCUCGGUGCAAUGGAAGCUGAAACGAGCUAUCUCUGGUUCGCAGGACAAAUCAGUGAGACUUUGGAAUAUCCAAAGGUCUGAAUGCAUCAGGAUUGUCUCCGGCCAUUUGACUGGGCUGCGCAGCCUGUGCGUUGACUGGGACCUUGGAGUGGCGCUCUCCAGUGCUUGGGACGGCGAAAUGCAGCUUUGGGAGAUUGCAGACGAAGUGGAUGUGGACUCGACCAUGCAGCCCGUUGGUGGAGAGGUGCGAGCAGGGGCCAUUGCAUUGCUCACAGUGAAAGAGGCUAAAGAUGAGAACUCUGAAGAGGAAGCUGAAGAGAUUGUGGCGGACACAAGAGAUGCGUUCAAGCUCAACUGACUCAAGUGAUGCGUUUGACCAGCUUUCUCUGAUGACAUGGAUGCCUGUGCAAAGAUGCAGGUUGGCACCACAGGGUGCAUGUCUCACAUGUGCGCUGAAACUGGCGUGCCCAAUCGGACUUUUCAUGGUGGUUUUCAAUUUCGGCCGACUCCAACUCAUCAGAUGCAUUCGACCAAAAAGGCACUACUUGC